AUGAACGGUUUUCGAAAUUCGGUGACAGGGACGACGUCAACAAUAAGUAGGCAGGCUUCUCUCUCUUCAAUCGCGAGACCUUCACCCAAUACCUUCACCAUUCCUGCCCGGAUAGUCCAGCAAAGUCGAAAUUCACAAUUUUCUACCUUGGACCCUUCGAGACUUACGAUCCUCUCAUAUCCUGCGCCUUUGCGAUCGCGUUUUCUUCCUGAAGAAAUUCGAUCUGUAGCAUAUCCAGUAUCCUCGCGGCAUUUCCAUGAAAGCUCAAUAUUAGGCAAGGGAAAGAAGACAAAGCCAGCACAUCCAGCUGCGAAGGAGGAGGCUACAGAGGCUACCGAAGAAGAGUCUAGUAAAAAGGAGUCUGCUAAAGACUCUGAAUCUACUAAAGACUCUGAAUCUACUUCCGGAGAGAAAGGUGACAAGAAAGAUGGAGAAGGUAGUGAAGGCAAAAAGGAAGAAUCAAAAGAGGCCCCUCCACCCCCACCACCCCACGGAGACAAAACUCCAUGGCAAGUUUUCACCGAAACCCUACAGACUGAAUUCAAGGCUUCUAAAGAAUGGAACGAUUCCACCAAGCAAUUGGCAGAGGGUGCCCAUCAAUUCACCGAGAACGAGAAUGUUAAGCGAGCUAGACAAGCCUUUGAAAGUACGACUGGAGCUGUAUCUUCAACAACGGGGAAAGUGUUGAAGACUACUGCAGGUGCAGUAGGCAAGGGAGCUGCUUGGACCUGGGAAACUCCAGUUGUGAAGGGGGUGAGAACUACUGUCAAUGCUACAGCCAAUGUACUUGACAAGGCAACACAGCCAAUUCGACAAACAGAAGCAUAUAAGAAUGUCAAGAAUGUGAUUGAUGAUGGAAGUAGUUCGAGGUACGGGGGAUGGGUUGAGAAAGAAGAGAGGCGGAAAGCGAGAGAAUUACGAGAGUUAGAAGACGGGACGAGUGGAAAGAGUAAGGAGGUUCCUAUAGAGGACCCAAACGCCGGCACACACGUCACCCUACACAAGGAUUCUGCAUAUAAGGAGGCCUGGAGAGAUUUCCGCGACUCAAAUCGGGUCAUGCAAUCCAUAUUCUCCAUGAAAAAUGUCUAUAAUGAAUCCGAAAACCCCUUGAUAUCCACCGCCCGCAGCAUAUCUGACCGAGUCGCCGGCUUCUUCGCCGAAAAUGAAACCGCCCAAGUAAUCAAAUUGUUCCGCGAAAUGGACCCCUCCUUCCAAAUGGAACCUUUCCUCCGCGAAAUGCGCGAAUACAUCCUCCCCGAAGUCCUCGACGCCUACGUGAAAGGCGACACCGAAACCCUCAAACUCUGGCUCUCAGCAGCCCAAUUCUCCGUCUACGAUGCCCUCUCCAAACAAUACACAACCGCCGGUCUCAAAUCCGAUGGUCGUAUUCUCGAUAUCCGACAUGUUGAAGUCUUGUCCGCGAGGAUUUUGGACAAUGAUAUUCCCGUCUUCAUCAUUACAUGCAGAACACAAGAAGUUCACGUAUAUAGAAACGCAAAGACGAAUCAACUGGCCGCUGGAAUGGAAGAUAAGGUUCAGUUGGUUACGUAUGCGAUUGGUGUUACCAGAGUGGCGGAAGAUGUUAAUAAUCCUGAGACGAGAGGUUGGAGACUCAUUGAGUUGCAAAAGAGUGGAAGAGAUUACAUAUGA